AUGGAGGCGGUGAGGAGGUGGAGGACAGACUGGAGGUAUCCCACUGCUCUGCUGUGCAUUUACGGAUUCUUCAGCACAGUUAAACCCAUGGAGCCUUUCCUCAUCCUAUAUAUGACGGGACCAGACAAGAAUCUGACAACAGAAGAGGUAAACAAUACCAUUUUCCCCGUGUGGACGUACUCUUACCUGUCUGUGCUGGUGCCGGUGUUCCUGCUGACUGACUGGCUGCGUUACAAGCCUGUGGUGGUGUUCCAGGGUGUCACCCUCUUCAUCACCACAGCGAUGCUCCUCUGGCUGAAAAGUGUGCCGACCAUGCAGGCCAUGCAGUUCUUCUACGGGGUGGUGACCGCCAGCGAGGUGGCCUACUUCUCCUACAUCUACAGUGUUGUGGAUCUGAAGCAUUAUCGGAAGGCCACCUCUUACGUCCGCAGUGUCCAGCUCCUGGGGUACACGGUGGGCUCUGUGCUGGGCCAGCUGCUCGUCAGCUUUGACCUCAUGUCAUUCAACAACAUCAUGGUGCUCACUCUAGUUUUCACUGCCAUCGCUCUUCUGGUGUCCUGCCUGCUGCCGAUGCCACAGCAGAGUAUGUUCUUUCACCGCAGACGUACCGGACAGAAGAUCGCAACAGAGGGAACAGCGAGGCACGUGGAUGGGACAACAAAACACACAAGCAGAGCAAAGCUAUCACUGGAACAAAUGAGAGACGAGAAGGUGGAGGUGGAGGAAAAUGAGGAUGAAGCAAGACCAGGAUUGGAUGAAGAAGGGCCCACGUCUAAGGACCCCGAGGAGUCGGUUGGUGCAGAGAGAUGCAGCAAAGUCCUCCUCCAGCUGUGGAGGGACUUCUGCCAGUGCUAUUCCACCAGAGAGCUGCUCUACUGGUCAGUGUGGUGGGCCAUGGCCACCUGUGGCUAUAACCAGACUGUCAACUACGUUCAGGUGCUGUGGGAGCACGUGCAGCCUUCUCAGAACUUCAGUGUCUACAAUGGAGGCGUGGAGGCAGUGUCCAACCUGUUGGGGGCCGCAUCAGCUUACGGUAUAGGCUUCACUGAGGUGAGAUGGGAACAGUGGGGAGAGCUGGCCGUGGGUGGUCUCUCUGGACUCGAGGCAGCAGCUCUCUUCCUCAUGACCUUCACUGGCAACAUCUGGGUCUGCUACACUGGUUAUGUCAUUUUCAAGUGCCUGCACAUGCUGUUGAUAACAAUAGCCAUGUACCAGAUUGCAGCUGACCUGUCAAUGGAAAGAUAUGCCAUGGUCUUUGGCGUAAACAACUUUGGAGCUUUGGUUCUACAGACGAUCAUCACUUCUGUUGUUGUUGACAGUGGAGGACUGGGCCUCGGCAUCAUUGCUCAGUUCACCAUAAACGCCGGCUACUUCUCACUCAUUGCUGUUGUUUAUUCACUUCGGGGACUGUUUACCAUUUGGAGACUGCAGAAAAGCAACAAAUCCCACGAGUCCACCUCUCCAAUAAAAAAUGAACCUCCAGGCUUUGAUGAAAACAGAUUCUAA